AGAUCUUCAUUCCACGGACUCUGCAAGAGGUGGAGAAGUUUGAGGAGGAUUUCCAGAAGAUGAGGAUGGGGGAGGGGAGGGAUAUUGCCUACUCUGUUGUGACCGGGAUGAGACCUGAUCUGACUGGGGCUCAGUGUGUGCCUCAACUGCUGCAGCAGGGAGGAGAAGAGGAGGGAGGUGGAGAGGAGGGUGGGUGUGAGGGAAAGAGGGAAGUGGGUAGUGGGGAGAGUGAGGACGAAGAAUCAUCAGAUGGAGAUUGGGAGGAGGAGGAAGAGGUGGAGGGGGAAGAAAGUGGAGAAGGGGAGGAAAAAGACAAACAUGUGCUGUAUGUUCAUCCAAGAGGAACCAACAAAGGAGAUCCUGCCCAGUUAGAGCUGAAGAGAGCACACAAGGCGUCUGUGAAAGAAGAGAAGAGAGAAAAGCGCAAGACCAAGGUCCCCAAACACGUCAAGAAGAGAAAGGAGAAAUUGUGGAAACUGAGACAUAGCAAAUAGCUGUCAUCCAAGUCAAUAUUCAUUGUGUGGAAAUAUACGCACGCGCAAGCAUCCCGGCCUAGUGGGCAUGCGCGCGCGAGGUCCUAGCUGUAUAAAGGGGGGCGCCAGGGGGGAUGAGAGAGCUAUUAGAGGUGCCUGUUUUCUGAUCAGGACGCGGUCAUUGUUGAAAGUCUGAGAUGGCCGAAGGCGGUUCGGCCAAGAAGUACUUAUCCUGCACUUCCAGAAACAUUUCGAGUCUGUGGGACCUGGAGCCUGGGGACCACAUCCGAGUGAGGGGGGAGCUGGGAGAGUUCAUCGACUCGUACAGCUCCGACCUCAAGAUCUACACUCACCACGUGCUGGUCGUGGCAGUAGUGGACGAGUCGCACGUGGCAGUCAUACACAAGACCGUAGAUGGUGUUUUGGAGGAGACGAGAGAGUACAAACCCGAUGAUAUCACUGUACUGGACUACGAAUGUCGCUACACGGGCGAGAAAGCCGUUCAGAGAGCCCGAGAACGCAAGAUACAGACGUACAACUUGGUUUUCAGUAACUGCGAACACUUUGUCACAGAGGUCAAGACUGGGGAGAAGCUCAGUAUCCAGGUCAGGACUGCAGUGAAGGUUGGAGUCGGUGCUGCAGUUGGAGUGGGGGCUAUGGCUGUCGCUGUUGCAGGUCUGUGGUAUGCCUUCAGUGGGAGCAGCAGGAAGAAGAGAGAUUCAGACUCUGAUUCCGAAAAUGAUCAUGACAACACUCAAACUCACACUCACCAUCAGUAUGCAUAGCAGUCAAGCACAGAAA